AUGAGUCCCACACAAGGCGACCAAGCAUCCACCAACAGAAUUGGCAGCACGCCAGCACAGCGUCAUGUCAUCUCCGCUGCUCAAGCACAGGGUGUCCUGAAUGCUGCUGCAAAGCACGCCGAGACCGUCACCCCGCAGUGCAUUGCCAUUUGCGACCCCUCUGGCCUUCUGGUCUCAUUCUUGCGCAUGGACAAUGCCUACCCCGGCAGCAUUGAUUUGGCUAUCAAGAAGGCUCGUACCACAGUGCUGUUCAACGGACUGCCCAGCGGUGUUGUCUAUGAUCUCGCACAGCCUGGUGCCCCAUUUUACGGGAUCCAGGAGACCAAUGGCGGUCUGGUGAUCUUCGGUGGCAGCUUGCCUCUCUACAAGGACGACUUCCUUCUGGGCUCGAUCGGCGUCAGUGGAGGCUCUCCCGACCAAGAUCUCGAGGUCGCACAGGCUGGUGUCGACUGGUUGACAAAGUCCGAGUAG